AAAAUUCAAAAAAACAUUCCAUCUUCCAAACACUCUGGAGACCAGUUCCACCGACAAUUCCGAAAUGGAGAACAAUUCAAACGACGACGCCUCGUCUUCUGCUAGGUUCAGGGGAGUGAGGAAGAGGGAGUGGGGGAAAUGGGUGUCGGAGAUUCGGCGCCCCAAUAGCCGGCACCGGAUUUGGCUCGGCUCUUUCGACUCGCCGGUGAAGGCGGCGCGGGCGUUCGACGCCGCCCUUUUUUGUCUCCGCGGAAGGAAUGCUAACUUCAACUUCCCCGACAACCCUCCCGACAUCCCCGGCGGCAUCAGCUCAAUGUCGGACGACGAAAUUAAGGUUGCGGCGACCCAUUACGCCAACGCAGAGGCUCAUCAGGUUGGCGGAUCGGGUCCAAGCCGUGAGAUUGUUUCGGAUCAUUCGACUUCGUUUUCGCCACCUCACUUCAUGAAUGCUGACUCACCUCCUCAGCCGGGGCCCGGUGGGCCCGCUCAACAUGUGGAAGGUGAAAUGCCAGAAACGACCUUUGACGACGGGUUUCUCCAGCAGUUCUCUUCCUUCUCGUGGGACGCUCCGAUUAAUAACGACUUUACGGAUUACGGGUAUUUUCCUGGAUUGGAUUAUUUCGGUAAUAACUAUUAUUACCCGGGGACUUUACCCGAAACCAAUUACUACAUCGAAGACCAAUAUGAUGGAUUUGGAUCAUCUCUCUGGGAUUAAUUCUGAAGCAACCAAUCACAUCUUAGAGAAAAUGGGUAAAACCGUAAAACCAUUGCGCAUCGGAAUUUUUUGCCAUUAGAGUUGAUGGCAUUCUUGUCCUUUCACGUUUGGAGCUGCCAUAAUAUAAUAAUAAUAUAUUAAUUCAUCCAAAUAUGAUGUACUCCGUAUUUAGUUGCCCCGCCCAUGAAACCUUAAAUUAUCUGUACCUUCUUUUUUAGCACAAUCUGUUGUACCUCAACUUGUAAGAUAUAAUAAAUAAACAUCAUUAUCA